UAAUGUGUGAAAUUAGAGAUUGAAAAGUUGUUGUAGCAACCUGAAGAGUUGUGAAAAUUAAACCCGGUCUAGCGUAAUAAACAAAAAUACAAUCCAUUAGACAAUGAAUCUCUCCAUCUUUAAUUAAUUAACAGGAUUACUCUCAUACUGAUGUUUGUAAAUAAGUAACCUACUGAUACUUCAAAAUUAGCGUCACCAUGUCGGACAUUCAUGCUACAUCAUUCCGAUAUGAUUGUGUAUGUACAGAACUAGAAAAACAGCCGCAUCCAUACAUAUUAAAGAUGUUUGAAAAAGAAAAAGAAGACACAGUUCUACGUAAAAGUAAAGGUGAAUCUAAAGACACUAUGCAUCUCUAUUUGGCUGGAAACAAUAAAUUGUUAACAGAUACAAGACUGGGAGAUGAUGACUGCCUUCUACUAUACAAAACAUUAACCAAUAACUUCUAUGUUGUCAGUAUAGAUUUAAGAUAUAAUAACAUUGGUGAUGAAGGUGCUAAGCACAUUGGUAAAUUGAUUGAGGAAAGCUGUACAUUAAGAGAUAUAAAUUUAAUGUUUAACAAUAUUGAAGAGAACGGAGCUGAAUCUAUCUCUAAGGCAUUAAUGUCUAAUGAAAGUUUAUCAUCAUUAAGAAUGACAGGUAAUAAGAUUGGUAAUAAAGGUGGAAUGUAUUUUGCACAGGCUUUACAAGUAAAUUCAACUUUAGAGUCUUUAGAUUUAGGAGAUACUGAUCUGAAAAUUGAAUCUGUAAUAGCAUUAUGUUCUGUUCUCUACAACAAUACAAGUAUUAAAAGUUUAAAUGUCAAUAGACCUAUAUUAUUCACACAUCAAGAAGAAACUACGGUCCAUUUUUCAAAACUUCUAAAGGUUAAUACAAGUUUACAAGAAUUACAUUUAAGAAAGUAUGAUAUGAGAGACUUUGGUAUGACAAGAUUAGCAGAGUGCUUAAUGGAUAAUUUUACAUUAACCCACUUAGAUCUGAGCUGCAAUCGUAUCACUAGAGAUGGAGCUAAGGAGUUAGCUAAAGUUUUAAAGAAUAAUACAGCUUUAGUGUUUAUAGAUCUAGCUAAUAAUAGAUUAGAAGAUGAUGGAGCAAUAUAUUUAGCUGAAGCUUUAAUAUCAUACAAUACUACGCUACAAUCACUUGUCAUAUCUAAUAAUAAUAUUAAAGGGCCAGGUUUAUGUGCUAUAGCUGAUAGUAUUAAAGAGAAUACUCGGUUAACUAAUAUCUAUAUUUGGGGAAAUGUUCUCGAAGAACCUGCCUGUAUUGCAUUUGCUAAAUUAAUGGAAACUGGGCGUCUGAAUAAGAAGGAUACAGAUAUUAAACCCUAUGUUGUUGAUGGAAUAACCUACCUGAGUGAAAUUAAUCGUAGACCAGAUCGUCAUUACUUUUGGGCACCUAGUUAUGGUGAUGAUGUUCCAGAUUGGCAGAUCAGGGGAGAGAAUCCUAGCGGAACGACAGUGAUUGCCAUGUUAGAUCCCAGAUUCAUUGAUCCUUAUUAAUUUAACUUUCUCUGAUAUUAACUUUAAUUUGUGAUAUUUUAUUGCCUGUAAACUUUAUGGGGAUAUGUUAUUGUAGAAAAUUAUAUAUAUCAUCAGCAUUGAAAUAUAUUCUAAAAUUUAAACUUAAAUUAUAUAUUGUAUUAAAACAAAGUUCUAAUAUGGUAAACCAUAUUUUGACAAAAAUUCAGUAUCUAUCAUACAGUCAGAUUUCCCUUUAUUUGUAUCUGUGAUAUCAUUUAUGUAAAUAUUUUCAUGUCGUUAGUUUUCAAAUCGAUAAAAUUUUAAAUAAACAAGGUGGAUCUUUGUAUAUUUUAAAAGUUAUUUAAAUGUAAAAUAAAAGCCAAAAAACUUAAACAUUUGUUAUCAGU